AUGACAACCAACGCAUACAGGAAAGAAACUGGUUAUAAGAAGAAGUUGUACUCUAAUGGAUCCAGGUGGGUUAUCUUGACGGACGUGCUACGGCCCCCGCCCCGGUUUAAAAUGCUGUCGACCUGCGAAGGUGUUGCGGCAGCUCCGGAGAGAGGUGUGGAGCCGGGGACCGGGAGUCAUAGCAACGGCGUCACAGGAGCUCGAGUCGGGGGAGAGAGACGAGAAGGAGUCGGUGUUCAGGAGUGGCCCGAUGGAUCCAAAUAUGAGGGAGAGUUUGUUAAUGGGUUCAAACACGGCACAGGAAGGUACACCUGGAAAAACGGAGAGUACUAUGAAGGCUCUUUCUACAAAGACUACAGACAUGGUGAUGGGGUGUACUGCUGGCCCACAGGCCACAGGUUCAUUGGCAAGUUCUACCUCAACAGAAAGGAAGGAUAUGGACGACAGCUGUUCCCCGAUGGAGCCACAUUUCAGGGUUUGUACCACGCUGACCAGAGGUUCGGUCCAGGUGUGGUUAGUUAUCCAGACGGGUGUCAGGAUGUGGGUCUGUGGCUCGGGAAGCGCCUGCUAAAGCUCUGUACCUCUGUAGAAGAAGGUUUCAGCCUGAAGAGCUUUCCUGAAUAUGCUGCCUAUAUGGACCCGGUGGUCACCACAGAUUUACAGAGUCAGGUAGACACAGACAGACAUCUGCUGUCAGAUGAGAGUUUUAUCCUUCCUCCUGGCCUGGAGAGUUACUCGACAAAUGGUGACCACCUGCCGCUGCCCCCGGGCCGUAGAAGAGAGCUGGAUCAACACUUUUAUGGCGAGCUGUGGGAGGCGGAUGCUCACCCCUACCAAGGCUAUGAACGAGACCCCCUCUCUGCUCUGCCCUUACAAGAACGCAUGCUGGCUCACAUACACAAACACAGACUACAGGCUGAAAAUGUAGACUGGGAUGUUGCAGCAGUUCUCGCUCUAAACAGGGACAGUUUUGGCCCUAAAGGCCCUUUGGAGGUCAGUUCAGAGAUAUUGAUUCAGCAGGCCACCAGAGGGCAACUGCAAGAGGUUUCACAAAUUCUUCAGAUGAGCUGUGUCCACCCUGACGUAGCAGAUUCAGAGGGACACACCGCACUGAUCGCUGCCACAGUAAACUGCCAUAAUGAUGUGAUCCAGCUCCUGUUGGAUAUGGGCGCUGAUAUUGACAAGUUGAAUUGUGAGGGCAUGUCAGCCCUGGCCGUAUGUCAUAUCCUCUACUACCCUUUUCACUCUCUGCGCACCACAACGACUGAACAACCAAACAAAACACAAGGUUUAAGGUCUCAAUCAGCACGGGGGAACAGUCCUCAGAUCAGCCCACUGGACCUCACUACACACACAACCAGCCCUAAUAGCAGACCUCAGACCACUGACACAGACCUGAGCAACCAGAGUCACUCCUCUGACCAGGCAACAGAAGAACUAACUGAGCACAUCUCACAUCACAGCAGUAAAGUGUCCAAUGACAGUGAGCUUACUGCUGAUCUCUGCAUUAGCCCAAAUAAACCUGAGACAACCGCAGACACUGAACACCUUCAGGAGAAGGAAAAAGGAGAGAUAGUGGGACAAGGAGGGGGGAGCGACAGCAAUGAGAUAGAAAGAGUGGAAAAUGUUAGAGAGAGUGAAGUAAGGAGCAGAAGGGGAGAUGGGGAGGAAAGAGAGAAAGAGGGAGAAUGUGAUCAAAUGUGGAAAAGUGAGGAAACAGAAAUGAAGGAGCUGGAAAGACAUUUUAAUGAAAGAGAAACUAAAGAGGUAGAUGAAGAGUUUGGAGAGAAUGGAGGAACUGAGUCAGGAAAUGAGAAUGCGGAGAUAGCAGAGGAGAUUGAAUACGGUGUAGAGAAGUUAAUAACAGAUUUUAAUGAAGAUGAUCUAGAGGAGAGAGAAGAGGGCGGAAGCCAUGAUGUGACUGGCGUGGAGCGCUCCAUUCAGGUGAUGGAUGGUCACAUUUCACUGGGCAGUGUGCAGUGGAGGGAUAGCCGACACAAAGCAGUAGGAAGACUUCAGCAGGGCAAAGACAAUGAACUCACCCCGAGAGAAACCUUUGACUCUGCCCGCUCCAUCAACAGCUACGACAUCCAGGUCACAGAGGAAGUGAUGCAGCGUUCAGCUGAAGCUCUGAGUCACACUGGGAUUCCUCAGCGCUUGGACACGCAGGAGACUGUACGCAAAAUGGCUGCCAUGAAAACUGAGCACCGUGUUCGUUUGAGCACGCUGAAGCUGUUAUUGGAACGGGGAGCUGACCCCAACGUAUCCAGAGUCCCCAUGCCUGUCCUCUUUUUGGCCAUUAUGGCUGCUGACACUGAGGCUGUCAGGAGACUUCUGCUGUGUGGAGCUCGGACUGACAUUCCCCUUCCACCUGAGGUAGAAAGGAAAGGCCUGUGUCCCCUGCAUGUAGCUGCCUCACUGCACGGUCCAGCAGGGCCCAGAAUCACAGAGCUGCUGCUGCACACUGCUACUGAUCCAGAUGCACAGGCGUGCGACCAGGAUGAGAUCUAUGAACAGGAUAAGAUUUUCAUGAAGGGCCAGAAAUCACAGAGCACUAAUGAGAGCCCGUGUGCCAGAGAGGGAGGACGAACGGCUCUGCAUGUGGCUUGCCAGAGAGACAGGGAUUACAGAAAUGCCAGCAAGGUGGUAGCCCUCCUUCUCUCCCACAGAGCCAACACAGACCUCCUCUGGAGUGGACACUCACCUCUCUCCCUGGCAAUAGCAAGUGGCAAUGACCUGGCAGUGGAGGAGCUGUUGAAAGGUGGCGCAGAUCCCAACAUCCCUUUGGGUAGCAGGGUGGGCAGCGCCCUCUGUGUCCUCGCCAACAUCAACUACCACUUAGGUGGCAACAAAGCUAAACUGUUGGACAUGUUAGCAAAGGCCGGUGCCAACAUCUUGAUGCCAAUUAGGGUGGGCGAUGUCGUGGGCACUGCAGUCGACUUCGCAUACUACUCCUUCAACCAGGACUUUCGUAUUGCCAACACUCCCUUCCAUGCUCUGAACAUGCGGGAGAGGGAAACAUUCAAAGAACGGCGCCAGCUGCUGAGCAUGAUGGGAGAUUUGCUGAGACAGACUGCUGCCCAGAGGGAGAGAGAGCAGCGAGAGAGAGAAGUGAACAAUGAGCCCAGUCCCAGCUGUCAAAAUCUACAACACGUAACAGAAAAACACCGGACGCCAUUGUUUAAGUUCUGCUACCACUGCGGUCGCUCUGUGAAUGUGAAGCUGACCGCUUGCAGCCGCUGCCACAAGGUCUUUUACUGCUCUAGGACCUGUAAACUGAAAGCAUGGGAUGAAAGGCAUAAGGACGAGUGUAUCCGGGUGUCAGCAUCUGCUGAUGGCCUCCAGAAGAGUGUUGUGUUUAAAACCCAAAGAGGCCCCAGGCCCUUGAAUGUCAUGUUGAAAUCAAAAACAGUCCCCAGGCCCUUGAGUGUCAAGUUGAAAUCCCAAAGGGUCCCCAAACCCUUGAGGAUGACUGAGAAGGUCUUGGAGAGCCAAGUCGACCUGAAGGAAAACUACAGCUUCAACUGA